AUGGCUACAGCUGCACCUGCUGCUGUGAGCUUCUUGCAUGCCAGCGUCCGGCGAAUGGAUGCUGGGAUUUGUGGCAGGGGCGCCUGUACCCGAGCGCCGGGUGAACGGAGGAUACAACUGCUCACUGCAAUGGCACGGAUUGCUGCCCCCACUUCGACCCAUGGGCUCUUGGCACCUGGCUUCUCUUUGGGCCUUUGGGGCUUUUACCUCUGCCGGCAGCCCUGGCGCAGUGUCAGGAGAUCACAGUUCGGGAAACGAAGCAGAUGGGCCAGCGCAGACGAGAAAAGCUGCGAGGAUUUGCUGCAAAUUCCGGUGAAGCGCAGCCUGGCCGAAACUCUAGCGCUCCAGUGGGAACUGCGUUUCUUCGUCUCGUCUGAUACAGGAGAGCCAGCAACCAAUUUCGUAUCGAUCAAAGGUCAGCAGACGCAGGUUGCCUGCGGCCUUCGUUUCUCAAAACGCUGGCAAGAGGAGCUUUUCCUGGCUCUGCAGAGCUUCCGACUCCUUCCGUCUGGAUAUGGGGAUGGCUCCCUGUGCAUGCGCGCAGUCGGCAAGGAAGAGCUUUGGCAAGUGGCUGAGUCGUUGCUGUCGCAGCUUCGCACCUUUCUGCGCCUGGGCAUGGUGGCUUACAAUAGUGUCGCGAGCACGACCUCGAAGGCGAGCCAGUGGCUUCGGGCGGGACAGCACUUGGACACCAGCCGUCAGCGGAGUCCGCAAGGAUCUCCGGAUGUCGUGGCUGGAAAUGUUGCCAUCGGUGCUUUUGGUGAACGAUGGCAAGCAGCUGCCCACAUUUUUUCGAAGCUCUGGAGCUGGAGCCUGGCAGACCGGGUGUCUUUCAACACCCUUAUCCGCUCCUGCAGAGACCAAUUCGGAGGCUCCUGGAGCUGGGCCUGGGCUUUGAGACUCUUGGAGCAAUGCCGCGUGGUCCGGUCACGGGACGUUGUCUCCUACAGCUCUGCACUCCAUGCCAGCGCCUGCAGUGCCAGCAAGGAUUGGAGGAUGGGGAUCAUGCUGCUGCGAGACUUGGAGGUGGAGCUUUUGCAGCCCGACGUGGUCCUCUGGUCGGCAGCGGUCAACUCGCAAGCACGCGCGGCGUCCUGGUCGACGGCUGUGUUCUUGUUGGAGAGGUUGCCAGCUCGCAGCGCCCAGCCCAACAUUCAGACUUUCGGGGCAGCCAUGGCUCCUUUCGACACAGGUGAUUGCUGGAGUUGGGCUCUCUCCCUGAUGGAGGAUCUGCAGGAAAUGCGGCUUGACCCCAACACCUUGAUCUACAAUGCUGCAAUAACUGCAUGUGAGAAAGGCCGAGAGUGGCAAAUGUCCUUGGCUCUGUACUCGUCGGCUGACAGAGAUGUCAAGCCCGACUUGAUCACUUGCAACGCUGUUCUCAGCGCCUUAGCUCAAGGCAACUGGCAGCUGGCACUGGCCUUCUUCUCAGAACUCGGCCAAGAGCGGAAACUGGAUAUCUUUAGCUUCGGGGCAGCUCUGUCUGCAUGUGACCGGGCCUGCUUGUGGGAGCAUGCGCUAUCAAUACUCGCCGAGCUGCCGGCCAGGAAGUUGCGUGCCAACACCGUGACCUGCAACACUGCCAUCAGCACUUGUGCAAAGGCUGGCCGCUGGCAAGUCGCUCUGCAGCUGCUCGCCGACACCUGUGCCGGCACACUGGACGUGAUAUCCUUCAAUUCUGCCCUGGCUGCAAGCGCGAGGGCGGAGGAGUGGCGCCCGGCUCUGCACCUCCUCUCUGAGCUCCCAGCACGCCGGUUGCAGGCAACCUCGAGUAGCUGUAACUCUGCCAUCAUGGCCUGUGUCGGAAGCUGGAGAUGGGCACUGGGAGUCCUCGGCUCUGUGCCUUCGGGCCCGGACAAGGUAUCCUUCGAUGCGGCUCUCCGAGCAUGCGAGGCCCAGGCUGGCAGAUGGAAAGAGGCCCUUCAGCUGCUGAGUGACUUUCGGGCGGCGAGCCAUCAGCCAGAGGUCAUCACAUUCAGCACCGGGAUUACCGCAAGCCAAGCUGCCAGCCAGUGGCAGGAGGUCUUCCAACUUUUGACAGCGCUGCGGAGAGAGGAGCUCCGCCCGAGCAUUGUGACAGCAGCUGCUGCUGUGCUCGCUGCAACAUUUGGCCAACAUGGGCUUGAGGAGGGAUGUGUGCAAAGUCCCGCCUCCCACCCACCAAUGCAGAGCGAGGUGAGACGGUGGCUGCGCCAUCUGCAGCAUCGUGGAAUUUCUGGUCUGGCUGGAAUGCGAAGCUGUUAA